CCCAACGACCAUGCAGUUGCUUGCAGUAGUUACGGUUUGGCUGGUGGUAAGCUGCGCAGCAGCUGGACCCGUGGAUGACGUGUUACAGUACGAUCCGUACCAUCCGAGCAUUCCAGAGGUUGAGUCCCCAAAAGCUAGGUCAACUCUAGCUCAACAGGAGCAGACCAUCGAGUACUGGAGGGACAACGCGAAGCGAGCCGUUGAAAAGAUCCUCAACCUUAAGGAGAACAAAAACAUCGCCAAGAACAUCAUCCUGUUCCUAGGCGAUGGCAUGUCCAUCUCAACGGUGGCCAUGGCCCGGGUGUACGCCGGAGGUGAAGAGAAGCAGCUAGCGUUCGAAGAGUUUCCCCACAUCGGAAUGUCUAAAACCUACUGUGUCAACUACCAGGUUCCGGACUCGGCAUGUACCGCUACCGCAUACCUGACUGGCGUGAAGGGAAAUUACGAGACGAUCGGGGUUAAUGCGAAGGUUCCAAGCUAUGACUGUGAAGCGGAGUUGGACGAGAAGACACAUACGCACUCGAUCGCCAAGUGGGCGAUGGAUGCGGGGAAGGAUACUGGAUUGGUGACUACGACACGGGUGACGCACGCUUCACCGGCGGGUGUUUAUGCGCAUACGGCGAACCGAGAUCGGGAGAAUGACAACGAGGUAUCGAAGGAUGGGUGUGACCCACUGGUCGUCAAGGACGUUGCUCAACAGUUGGUGCAUGGAGAAACUGGGAAGCGGUUGAAGGUCGUUAUGGGCGGUGGACGGAGAGAAUUCUUGAGUUCUACGCUGGAUCCGGAGACCGGUAAGAAAGGCAAGAGGAAGGAUAAGCGCGAUCUGAUUCAGGAGUGGUUGGAUCAGGAGAUUCAGGGUGAGAACCGUACGUACGUGUGGAAAAAGGAUGACUUGCUUCAGGUUGAUCCACAGCGCACGAAUAGACUGUUGGGACUGUUUGAACCGACUCACUGUGCGUAUAAUCUCGAUCGAGUUCACAAGGAUCUCGAUCAGGAACCUACGCUGGCGGAGAUGGUUGACAAAGCUACGGACAUUUUGAGCAAGAGCGAGAAUGGAUUCUUCCUGUUUGUGGAAGGAGGUAGAAUUGAUCACGGUCAUCACGACAACUUUGCAAAGUACGCGCUGGAUGAAGCGGUACAGUUCUCGGAAGCGAUCGCGUUGGCCAGAAGCAAGUUUAGCGAAAAGGACACUCUGAUUGUUGUUACGUCGGAUCAUUCGCACAGCGUCAGCUUCUCCGGUUACGCUGGACGAGGUGGUGAUAUCUUCGGAUCUGGUGGCAAGGGAUCUGACAACCUACCUUACAUGACGAUCAGUUAUGCCAACGGUCUGGGAUUCUACGAUCACAUUGAUCCCGUGGAGAAGAAACGCACAGAUAUCAACAAGAUGGAUAUGACAGCGGAUGACUUCCGGUUUCCGGCGACUCUACCAGUGGAGUCUGAAACUCACGGUGGUGAAGACGUUGGAGUGUACGCUUCGGGUCCAUGGUCACAUCUGUUUACCGGAACCUACGAGCAGAACACAAUCCCUCACCUCAUGGCAUAUGCUGCGUGCAUUGGUGACGGCUUGAAGGCAUGUACGUGACAUGUGUAACAAAUCUCAAACAGACAAUCGCAUAUUUUUAAGAGAAAUAAAACAAAGGUCAAGUCCAACAAA